AUGUCAGUCCAAGGCCCAUACCGAUCAUUAAGUCGAUAUUUGACAUUUUCAGACCGCAAUCAGUCCCAAUGGUGGCACAACAAAGCUCCAAUCCUGGAGCACAUGUUGCAGUUCUGCUCCUAUAAUGAGGCGCAACAGUACCAGUAUCUCAUAUUCUUCUAUGCCCUCGUCACACCCGCCCUGGGCGAGUUCGUUGACCCAAAGAUUGGCGCCGAGGGAAACACCCUGCUUUCCGGGGCAGGAAAGCUAGAAUUGAGCUUGACAUUCACUGUGGAAGAGUCGUCAGUGAGACUCGCAUUUGAGCCUACUGGUUUUUUGGCUGGCACCCAGCAGGACCCGUUCAAUUGCCAUGCUAUUCGAAAAUUGCUCAAUACACUGCAAAUCGCCGAGGGCGUCCAGCUCAAUUCGGAUAUCUUCAACACAUUGGCUGAAGCUCUGAUGAUUUCCCAACAGGAACAGGUAGUCCUGCAAACAUCUAAGCAGUCCGAGGUCCAGGGUCUUUUCUACAAGACUCAGAACAUUCUCGCUCUCAAUCUUCGUGGCGGUGACGUGCUCCCAGACCUCUACGUCUACCCACAGCUCAAGUCCAUCGCCACGGACACGCCGGUGCAGGAGAUGUUAGUGGGCACUCUGCACAAGCUCGACACGCAAGGGCGCUUCUCGAGGGGCCUGGAACUUGUGGAGAAAUAUCUGCAGUCGACGGCAGCCACCACCUCACCGAUGUUCCUAUCCUAUGAUCUGCUGCCUCGAGCGCAAGCCACUGGCCGUCUCUUUUUGUCCGAAACCCAGAUGACCUGGGAUCAAAUCUGUGAUCUGUGGACGCUAGGGGGAGCUGUGUCAAGUCCUGAUGGGCUCAAAGCUCUGAAGGUACUUUGGGACAUUCUCUCUCUCACGCCUGGAAUGCGCGGCCCGGCUGACUUCCCGCUACUUUUCGGGAUGGAGUUGCUCGAGUCUCCACCUUUCAUUCGCCCGCAGAUUGGGUUCCCCAUGACAGGCAAGAGCGAGGUGGAGAUUGCUGAGGCUGCUGUGCAAUUCUUCACUUGGCUUGGCUUGACGAAGCAUGCUUCGGGUUACAUGGCUUCGCUGAAAGCGUACUAG